UUUGUGAAACUUCAUGAGCUUCAUCUCAUCUUUCAUUUCUCCACUAAAAAUAUGAACAGAUCUUGCCAUUCUCUUCUUCUCCUCCUCCUUUUUCUUCUCUCUUUUCUUGCAUUCAUAUCUUCAGCUUAUACCAAGGAUGUGGCAGAAGAGGUUGGAAUGAGUUUCGCUGUUCAAAAGUAUAAGCAUAAGCAUUCUGGGUUCUCACAGGCAGAGUGUCCGGGGGCAUGCAAAUUCCGUUGUUCGAAAACACAAUACAAGAAACCAUGCUUGUUUUUCUGCCAGAAAUGUUGCUUCAAAUGCAAGUGUGUUCCUCCAGGGACUUAUGCUCACAAAGAGGUUUGUCCUUGCUACAAUAACUGGAAGACCAAGAGCGGAGGACCCAAAUGCCCUUAAAUAUUAAUAUAUAGAUAUAUUUUGAUCACUAUGUGUUUUUUCUUUGACUUAUAUAUGUUAUAAAUAUUUGAUGAGAAUAACUUCACUCAUUGCUUCAUUAUAUAUAGUUUAUGCUUUGCUUUUUGUAUUAAUGGCAUCAUGCUGGUGUUUCUAACUAGCUUUGCCUGUGUUUGUGCUCGAAGAACAACAACUCAUUGUGCUUUGGAUGUUUUAUAGAAAUAAAAUAAUUGUUCUCUUAGUA